GUUUCUGUCCCGCCCCCACAAAUACACCAGACACUGCUAACAGGCGGCAGACGAGUUCUCCCUCUCCAUUCACUGCUGUGUGUCUGUGCUGCACACUGCAAAGGGACAAUAUUGUCAGAGAGGUCUGAAGGAGCACUGUGUUUGUUCUGGGAAUAACACUCUUACACAGGAGCCAGGUAAACUUUCAGCUUGACCAUGGUUCUGUGUGAAGACGGAGAAUGCAGCGUCUGCCUCUUGCCCUACACCCGGAUGGACAGGAUCCCCCGGGUGCUCCACUGCAGGCACACCUUCUGCGACCCGUGUCUGGAGACUAUAUCGCAGGCCAGGAGUGGGCUGAUCACCGUGGGCUGCCCUCUGUGUCGUCGCGUGACCUGCAUAGGACGCGGCCUGAGCCUGCAGGAGGCUCUGUGGGUCAACAGCAGGCUAUGGGAGCAGAUACCAGAAGUGGAAGCCGAGGAGGAGGAGGAGGAGGAGGAGGAGGAGGAGGAAGAGGGUCAACUGAAACAAGAAACUGAGCAGAAGAGGAUGGAGACUAAACAACAAGUAGAAUGUGUUUCCUCCAGGUCCGCCAGAACAAAGCUCAAACUGCCUGCGUUCCUCAGGAGGUUCAGUCUGACAAAGCAACACCAAGAGAGGAUUGUAGCUGGCAGCAACGUGGAAAUGAAGUCCUGGCGCAGGCUUUCAGCCGAAGAGACUGUUUGAGAAGAAACGGAUGAAAGACGGUGUGACAGGUCACAGCUCCUCUCAGGAUUUGCGGAUGGCAGACGCCGCUAGAAGACUCAAAAAGUUGAGGUUGUUGGGACCGAGAAUCCAUUUGUGUUCCUGUCAAGGCAUUGCUUUGUCCCCAGCCAAAGGUGCCCUGUCUCCCCAUUAUUUAUUCGAGACCUAAUUCUCCCAGCUGGCGCUGUGGGAUUUGGUUCAGCUGUCCCAGUGGGACUCACACCCAAAGACCCCCUCGUAACAGAUGGUCUCCUGAGGACUUUUGCAUAUGGCCACUGCUGAACAUUCAAUACAAUUUUUUUUUCAUUAUUUAUGAUAGCUAGUUACUGAAAUAUUUAAUAAAACUAUUUUUGGAAGAA